AUGUUCUACCUUAGGUAUCUCCCAUUCGUGGCCACCCCCCUUCUUGCUGCGAGUGCCUUCAGCCACCCGUCGGGAGCCGAAGACUUGGCUGUCCUUGCCGGACAGCACAUCGUUUACACCUAUCCCGGCAUCAGUCCGCCGGAUGCCUUGUUCGAUCUCGUGAAUGAGGGCAAAGUCGGGGGCCUCAUUCUCUUUCGCGAAAACAUCAACCAGACAAAUUUGACAGAAACAUCAGUAUUGAUGAGCAAGUUACAACAAGCACACGCCAAAUCCCCUGCGUAUAAGGGCCUCCCACUGCCAAUCAUGAUCGACCAGGAGGGCGGCUAUGUGAAGCGUAUUACCAACGGAGGACCAUGGGAGUCUGCUAAAGAGAUGGGGCUCGCUAGAGACCCUACUCUCGCAUCGUCGCACGGAGGCAGUGCUGCAGCUGAUGCCCUUCUAGCAGCCGGAGUUAACGUUAAUCUUGCUCCAGUAUUGGAUGUUUACCGCGAGGAGUCAAGCUUCAUGAACUACUGGCAACGAUCAUUUGGGAAUACAUCCUCGCUUGUCACCCGUUGUGCGGUUUCUUUCCUCUCAGCUAUGCGGAAAAAAGGAAUUGCGGCAGCUGGAAAGCACUUCCCUGGAAACGGUGCUAAUCCAGCUGGCAACGACACAGACGCCGGCGUUGUUACUCUUGACCUAACUCUCGACGAGAUUCGAGCUGUGGAUGAAAUCCCAUACCGUUCAGCUAUCCAGGCAGGCCUUGGUUUGAUCAUGGCCUCAUGGAGCAAGUAUAUCAUGGUAGAUGACCGGCCGGCAGGAUUGAGCAGGAAAUGGCUUGAGGGAGAACUACGAAGCAGAUUAGGAUACAAUGGCGUGAUCAUGACGGAUGCACUUGAGGCUGGAGCAGUAAAGCCAUAUGGGGACUGGUCUACAGUAGCGCUUCUAGCCAAGCAAGCAGGUGCAGACAUGAUCCUUUGUGCUUCACGAAACCUGACCGAGGGCCUGAUGGCGACAGAAGGACUCGUUGCGGGGUUGAAGAAUGGAAGCUUAUCUCGAACAGCCUUGGAGGCAUCAUUCGAGCGAAUUAUGGCUUUCCGGACCCUGAUCCAAAUUUGUGAGAUUUAUUGCAAGAUGCCAAGAGCGAAUGCACGAUCAGUUCCAAGCAGCAUAUGGCAUGAAACUUCGAAAGUCGCAGAAACAACAUAUACACCGUCGAGGAGAGCUAAAAAACCAUACAAGUCUAUCAAAAAGAGAGUGAGUCCCGAUCAGCCGGAGUCAAAUAUGCCGACUUUCCGUAAGAUCAGCACGUAUCAGUUAGAAACUACUGAGCUAUACAAAUGCGCAUACUAA